GACCCCAAAUUUUCUAAUUUUGAAAUUUUCUGGGUUACCAUGUGCUAGUACUUAAGGUCUUUAAAUAGUUAAGAAUGUUGCAGCUUGAGUUUGAACAAAAUCAAGAUAAUUUGACCGAAUUACACCGACUUUUGCUUCCCUUUAAUGGCUCCCUCCCCAUCCAUGUCAGACCAGACCUUGAUUUGCUUCUAAUGACAUAAAAAAAAAAAUCAUGACUCAACAGACCUCUUCAUACCUGGCUGUUCUCCUUGAACCUAAUACUCUAUCCCAUGUUCUUCACUCCCACAUAUAUAGGGCUCCUGUCUGUAAAAAAAAAAAAGGGGCAGGGCCUUCUAUUGUGCCCACUUCCUCUGGAAGUCAUUUUGUCUUACUCUGUUGAGGCAUCCAGACUUAAAACGAAUCUGUUGGCUUAUUCCGUAUCUUCUUCUCCUCUCUGUUCACCCUAUUCAUUCAUGCUCUCAUGUGCUGGACCAUGAGCUGACCAGGGACCUCUCUCCUUCUCCUGGCUGUUGGUGCUUCAUUCCAGAUGUUUUGGAUCUGGCUCCUCGUUCCCCAGGAGUUCUAGCGUUCGGCCAAUGACAGUGAGUGCUGGGGCUGAGGAAAUGGAUGUUGUGUCUAUUUUUAGAAGCAGGGAAGGAGGGCAAACGAAAAGUAAGAGAACGGGAGGGGGUGGUGGAGGAGGAGGAGGGCUGUGAGGAGACGACAGAUCUGCAUUCUGCCUCUGCCUCUGGUCAGAGACAGUUGGAGCUUUACAGUUCGCUCAAGGAGAAGCGGCAUCACCAGCCAGAGACAGCAUCAGAAAUAAAAUACGUAUCCAGCUUCAAAAAGAAAGAGACUGCAGACCGAUAUUUGAGAUUGCAAGAGAGGACAAAAGAAGAAAAGGACUCAACAAAGACCAUUUUUAAGAAGCUAUGCGACCGCGGUCCAGACUGCUGUCCAAGAGGAGACUCCUGCUGCCCACAAUCAGAGAGGGCACAGAGGAGGCGGUGAGGGAUCUGAAUGAGGCCAACACACUUCACAUCGCCGGCCACAGCCAGUCGGUCUCCUCGGAGGACUACCUCCUCUCCAUCUGCCACCUGGCUCACCCCACCUUCCCCAUCAGAGACGUCUCCCCUGACAACAUCCACACACGGCAGCUGGAUGCUGUGCACCAGAGGCUGAGGCUGUCACGGCACAGUGUAGGGAAAACAUCAGCCAGCUUUGAAUUCAGCCCCACAGAGGAGGCACAAGCCAUGGAUGUGCAGCAGCCAGAGGAGAAAGAACUGAGUGGUGGGCUGAUGCUAGGCACCUUUGACCCCCUGGAGUAUCUUUAUGGGCACCAGAGCGACCUCUCAGGAAGUGUGAGGAGGGUGUUUGUGGAGGGAGGGUUUAUAAGACAACACGGGAGUGUAUGGGAAGACCAGGCUCGCUCCAGAGCGCACAGCAUCCCCCGUGCCUCCAGUCCAGUCCUCCCACGCCAGCGCAAGAGCAGCCUCCCUGAGUUCCACCCCAGCACUAACACUUCAGCUCCGAAUAGCUCUCCAAAAGACAGUUUAUCCAGGUCGGAAGCCCAGAGAGGAACCCCAGCAGGGAGAGGAGCAGAGGGGGGGAGGCAGAAGCCCACGGUCAAACAAUCCCUGAUCUCCCAGUGGAUCUCUGACUGCAGGUCAGCAUGGAGAGAGGCGCGUGUGCGAGUCUGCAUGCUGCCGGCAAUUGCUGAGAUGUAGGACACAAAUGUAAAGACAUUGUGACAGAAGACGUUCCUCGAUGAAGUAUCCUGGUGCAUGAGACAUUGGCAUUAGGAGAAUAUGUAGAAGUGUGUUAUGCAGAUAUAUAACAGGGAAAUACAGAUGCAAGUAAAUAUUGUCAUGAUUGUCAAACUGUAAUGUUAAAUCAAUAUUAGUAAUUGCGAUUACAACCCUCCUACUCUUGAUCUAUGCUGGUGAUCAUAUGAAGUCAUGAAAAUAGCCAGAUCUGCAAAAUCCUUUUAUACCUUUCUGUGUUUUGUGAACGGUAUAUGAAUAAAUAAACCAAUAUUUUGAUACUCCAAA